AUGGAGAAACAAUAUAGUAUUAUAGGAUCAUAUAAUGGGUUGUUGUGUUUGUACAAUGAAUAUGAACGUUGUGUCAUGCUGCGUAAUCCUUCUAUCAUGUUCGAAUCCAAAAAAUCUCCACCUGUUUCCCUUGGUUGGACUAUCCAACAUCAUGGCUUUGGAUAUGAUCAAGUUAAUAACAAGUACAAAGUAUUACUUGCUAUGCGAAAGAAGAAUGAUCAUGCUUUGACCAAAAUUUAUAUCUUUGGUGAAGAUUCUUGGAAAACCAUUCCGAAUUUUCCUACAUCCCGUGCGCCCUUGAGGUUGUCAGCGAAAUUUGUGAGAAGCACUUUUAAUUGGAUAGUUGAAAAAAGAGAUGUUAUUUCUAAUCAAACUGUGAUUCUUUCCUUUGAUUUGGGAAAUGAGACUUACAAGGAAAUCUUAAUGCCUCAAGAGGAUGGUGUCAAAGUCUAUAAACAUACUCUGUAUGUUUUGAAUAAUUGCCUUGGUGUCUGUCAGGUGUCUAACAAAACUCAUUGGGUUGCGUGGUUGAUGAAAGAAUAUGGAGUUUUUGAUUCAUGCACUAAAUUCGUAAUCAUCUCUCUUGACAACUUCAAUAAGAAAUCUUUUUUUGUUAUUCCCUUGUUCAUUUCAGAAAAUGGUGUUAUUCUUCUUAUGAACUCAGAUAGUUAUCAAUUUGUCUUAUAUAACUUAAAUAGUGGUAAGUUGGACUAUUUAUUGGAAGAUACCUACAAUUUUAUGUUUAAUCUGCAUAUUUGCUGUGAGAGUCUUGUAUCAGUGACAUGGUAA